GGUGUGCGGGUGAGGAGCAGCAGUGGACGGAGGUGCCCGGUGCCGCGCCGGAGCCGCCGCCGUACCGGCACGGGCGCGGGCGCGGCUCUCGGGCCGACUCACCGCCGCCGGCCCUCCAGCCAACCUACUUUUCAUCUGGCGGCGGCGGCGGCGGCGGCCCGCCAGUCGCCCGUCCGCCGCCGCCCAGCCCGGUCACCCGCGCGCGAGUCCGGCUCGAGAGCUCGCGAGGCCGCGGAGUGCAGCCAGACACCGUCGACCAGUGCAGCUGGACACCGCCGGCGCGCAGUGUGACUCGCUCGUGUGACUCCACCGCGGUGACGACAGACUCAGCGGCGCGCGACUCCAGGUCACCGGGUCACCGGUGUCGGCCGACCCCCAGGAGCAUCCUGCACCGCCCCGAGCGAGGGCGGCGCUGACAGACAGCGGCGUCCUGCACCCACACGCCGCCUGCCAGUUGGCGUCAUGCGGCUGGCGGAGCGGAUGAGCGACUCUGCCCUGGCGCGAGGGCUGCUGGUGGCAGUACUGGUGGCAUCAGUCGCCGCCAGGAAUCUCAACAGCAGAGCCCAGCACCAGCGGAGGAUAGCAUCGGCAUCACAGACCUUCGAGAUCCGGCCACUGCCAUGCUCCAACGCAAAAGGAGAGAACGGCACGUGCAUGUUCAACUUCAAGUGCUACCAGCAGAAGGGUCUGGUGAUCAACACGUGUAUCGACCGGUUCAUGUUCGGCGCCUGCUGUAAGCUGGACCCGAACCAGUCGGCGGUGGCGCAGGCGGUGGCGGCCUCGGCGACCACCGCCCGGCCGCUGCCCGACCCGGCCGGCCUGGUCACGUGGUCCUCGGUGACGUCCGCCGGCGUGGCGAACCGGACCCCGGCCACCACCCCGGCCACCACCACCACAAAGGCGACAACAAGGAAAACGACAACAACCACAACAACAACGACCACGACCACCACAACAACAAAGGCUACGACAACUACCAAGAAACCAACGACGAAGAGGACUACCACCACAACGACAACCACCACAACCACGACUACAACGACAAAGAAACCGACGAAGAAGUGGGAUUACAAGAAACACUGCGGAGUGAUUCCGCUGGCGUCCGGGCGCAGCGCGCUGGGGCGCAGUCUGCAGCCGGUCAGCUCGGCCGACCGGCGCCGGCAGGGGAUCCGGAUCGUGGGCGGCGAGCCGGCCUACUUCGGCGCCUGGCCGUGGCAGGUGAUGGUCAAGGAGGCCACCUUCCUCGGCCUCUUCACCAAGAACAAGUGCGGCGGCGUGCUGCUCAACAGCCGCUAUGUGCUGACGGCGGCCCACUGUCAGCCAGGGUUCAUGGGCACACUGAUCGCCGUAUUUGGCGAGAACGACCUCAGCGCCACGUACGAGCCCAAGGCGUCGUUCCAGCGCAACAUUCGCCGCAUCAUCGUCCACAAGGGCUUCAACCGGCAGACGUUCAACAACGACCUGGCGCUGCUCGAGCUCGAGAAGCCCGUCACCUUCGACGAGCACGUGGUGCCCAUCUGCCUGCCGGGCAAGAACGAACGCUUCGAGGGCCGCAUGGCCACCGUCACCGGCUGGGGACGCACCUCCUACGGCGGCGACGUGCCCUCCAAGCUGAUGGAGGUCGGAGUGAGAGUCAUCACCAACGAGCAGUGCCAGGCGUGGUUCGACGAGUCGGGACGCUCGAAAACCAUCCGCGAGGGAUUCCUCUGCGCCGGCUUCAAAGACGGCGUCAUGGACUCGUGCGAGGGCGACUCUGGCGGGCCGCUGGUGGUGCCCCGAGGGGACGGCCGCUGGGUGCUCGCCGGAACCGUCUCGCACGGCAUCGAGUGCGCCAAGCCCAACCUGCCCGGCAUCUACAUGAGGAUGCCCUAUUACAGGGACUGGAUCGAUAAACACAUAAACAGCUAGUGCGGCGGCCACUCGGCGCGGCGCCGGUGCUCAAUUCGAACUGUGAUGCCGCUCCGCCCCACCGGCGGAGCAGAGGGCGGGGGACGGACAGAGCGGGAGCGGGCGGGGACAGCCGGCGCGGAGCCGCCCGCAGAACUGAGCCGGGCGGUCUGAGAACACUCCCAGUGCACCGCCGCGUGUCAGUCCAGUACUCCGCCCAGCCACUGCGGACCAGUGUGAGCUGCUUACUCGUGCAGCCGGCCGCACAGAGCUCAAUUAGGGACGCCUUUACCGGUUCCCCGUGCCCUCCGCCAUGGAGCCUGUCGAAACCCUGCGCUGGGAGAACAACAAAGAUCGGCCGUGUGGACGACCUCAUGCCAGUGACCCUGGGUAGCAGUGACACCAAGCUACCGCCCGGGACACGGCGAGCCCUCGCAGCCGGUCCACCAGCCAGUCACGUCUUUCUGCGGCGCCGCCGAGACCUCCUGAACCAUCAGACAGCGGCGGCGCCGGCCCACCCAGCAGUGACCGCCCGUCGGCCAGGCUGGGGGCAACGGAAAGGCAGCAGCAACAGCAGCAGGGUAGGAUACUCCGCCAAAUCCUUAUACAGAGACUGAGGCGAGCCACUAGCUCGGGCCAUAUUGAGGCGGGACGAUUAGACAAUGGUUGAACUGCGCUCCGGGGAUGUACCCAGAACUGUGCGUGCGAGUGAGUUGGUGAGUGAGUUGGUGAGCGAGUGUGAGCGAGUGGAGAGUGAGAGGAGCCGACCGAUGCCGUCGGCACCGUUAUGCGUCUAGGUGCCAAUGAUAUAGCGCACCGCUCGGCCCUGCCGCCGGGACAGAGCAGAGGGCGAGCGACAGAGCAGCGGAGCGCCCACAGCACCACUCGGGUUACUAAUAUAUUGUUUGUUAUAUCUAUGUGAGCCGUGGCGGCACCAGUCAUGGCCUUAUUAUCGAGUAAACUGAGUCAACCAGACGGUGUUUUAGACGAGGUGGAUGCAAAGACACAAAUCGAAACCGCUGACCAAAUACAUACAGGGGACGCUUCGAAACCGGAAUAAAUGUCUUCGAGCCAAUAUCGUCAAA